GAUAAAAAUGUGUUGGAUUUUUAUAGAAAUAAGUCAGUUUAACAGGAGUGUUUGAACAAAUAGUAUUAAAAUAAAAUUUUAUACUGUAACUUUUAAAAUGCCGCGAGCUGAAAUUUCUGGUUUUGAUAGAACACAAAUAGUAGCCCUCUUCCAAGCUGGAUUUUCAAAUCACCGAAUAGCACUGGAUUUGGGUAUCCCAAGAAGUUCGGUUAUUCGAACAAUUCAGAGAUUCCAAGAAACUUUCUCAGUUGAAAAUCGGCCACCACGCAGUGGGCGUCCUCGAGUAACAGAAGAUACGGAGAAUCGUUACAUUGCUCUAUUUGCCCGAGGAAUAGAUUUUCAACAAGUACAGCUCUCAGAUCGCAUAUUCAACAUCCCUUUCGAAGAGUUAUUUCCACUUCUACCAUCAGAAGAAGAUUGCGAAUGGCAAAUUUGCGCCCUAGAAGACCUUUAA